AUGGCAGAGAUAGCCGCUGCGGGAGCUGCCCUAGCUGGUGGGGCCGGGUCCAUAUUCUCUUAUAAUAAAGACGCCUUCGUAUUCGACCAGACAUUACGGCAGAACAAGAUCCAUCAAAUUCAAAACAUGCGCCUUCAACAGGUUGGACUAUACCGGGAAGACCUACGGGAUCUGUUCGGUCUCACCAUAACAAAGAUGGACAACUACCUAGUAGUGAAUACUCUCAUGCUGGGAUUUUGUAUAGCGCUGUUUUAUGAUGGAGCCUUGCCACCCCAGAACCCUCCUUGGCUGUGGUGGAUGUGGUGCCUCAAUCUAUCGGGGUCGACCAUGUUUCUAUUGGUGUCGGUGUGGCUGUCGUUACAUGCUUCCAUCACUGCACAAGCCUUUGUAGUUCGCCUUCUCACUCAGUGGCUGAGGUUACCGGUGCCUCGAACAGAAGAGAUUGACGCUGCUUCUGCGUCCUUGAAGGUGAGCAGAGGUAUGCGCUUCAUGUGGAAAGGGGUGUUUGUUGGAAGGACUACGAAGCUUCGGGAGUAUCAAAUUCACUUCAAGUUGUUCCAACAUCUCCAAACCUCGUGGCAAGGCUAUGAUGCCUAUGCUAGGGUGUGUAUGGCAAUGGGAACUAAUCAGUUAUUGAUGACUUUGGCGAUAUUCGCUCUGGGGUCCACGAUGAUAGGCGAUCGUCAGCCCUGGGCGGCAUGGGCGUUCGUCGUUGUUAUGGCAACCACUGCUCUGCUGCACUUCAGAAUUAACCUUAUACUCAGUCGGAUGGAGUCUUUAAUCAUGACAUUGCUCAUUUACUUCUCGCCCAUGUCAGCGGGUGUGGCUGCCACUUUCGAUUAUGCGGGUCAGACUAUGAUAGGCAAAGCCGUUGCGCUCGUAUCGUUCAUAUUGAAUGCGUUAUGGGUGUAUUUUGUAUUGGUGCAAGCUAUCGAGUCUAAGGGAGGUUUGCCGGCCAAGUUUAGCACAGUUGGGAUAUCAUCUGAGAUCAUAGGGGAGAAUCAAGUGCAUGACUUCAUCCAGCAUGAACUCGCCGAUCUCGGUAUCGAUACUAAGAACGCCAGUGAGUUCCUCUGGGGUGAUACAGAUCGUUCCUCGGUGGAGGAGGAGGGCAAAAAGUCACAGACGAGGGAGUUGGAGGAGAAGUGCACGACGGCCCAGAGGAAGCUUCAGAAGCUUUUUCGUCGGUAUAGGAGACAUCAAGGGGAGUUUUCUAGGUUGCAGCAGGGAGAAAUUAUUGGCCUGAGGGAAGAAUUUGAGAAGAUAAGGAAUGACCUGCAUCUUUCCCUCGUCGAACUCGGCCGAGCUGGAGACGCUCGAUCGGCUAAGAUCUUCAAAAAGAAGAAGUGGAUCAAGUUGAACUACCUGGACGAUACCACUGGUCUAUUCAUCUUGCCUAGAUGGGUAGCCUAG